CAGAUCAAAUGGGAGGUAGAUUGCCAUCACCACCUGGACGCAGACAGCCGUUCCAGUCGGCAUCCGUAUUUAGAGACUUCAGACAAGGGAGUCGAUAUGGAGAGAAUAUUUCCCCUGGGGGUAGUGCACUGGAUUUGUCAGAGUUUCCAGCUUUAGCCAACAGGAUGUUAGACAGUGGCAGCAGUGGGUCAGCACCAAGCAGGCCAUCCUAUGGAGUAGUAUCAAAACCAGCAGAACCCCAACCUGAUUUCUCUAUCCUGAAUGAGGACUUCCCUGCUCUACCUGGUUCUGGGUUUUUGAACAAGCAAGGUGAGAGCAGUGACGCCACCUCACAGCAGGACACCAGCAAACCACUUGUUAGUUCUCUGGGCACAAGUACCACAUCAAGCAUCUUUCAUAUGACUGAUUCCAGACCAGCAUCGUCAUAUGAGCAAGCCUUGAAAGACACCAACAGAGAUCUAAAGCUUGAUCCCAAACUAGCUGGACAGCCCUCCAAUAAACCACAGAGAGGUAUACAGACUUCACCUUCAGGAAUGAUUACAAAUAUCCCCAAAGGCAUGGUAACAGAUCAGUUCGGAAUGAUAGGAUUGCUAACAUUUAUCAGAGCAGCAGAGACUGAGCCCAACCUUGUAACAUUGGCCUUAGGAAGCGAUCUUACGACACUUGGACUUAACCUCAACUCACCUGAGAGCCUAUACCAUACAUUUGGAUCACCUUUUGCAGAAAGUCCUUGCAGACCACAUGAAAUAGAUUACCAUGUCCCCCCUGAUUAUCGAAUAAACUCGUACAUCAAAGAAAAGCUUGCACCCAUCAAACUGAGUCGAUACAGUGAGGAUUUGCUGUUCCACUUGUAUUAUACGAAUGGUGGAGAUAUUCUACAAUUAGCAGCAGCGGCUGAAUUGUAUGCACGAGACUGGAGGUACCACAAGGAUGAAAGGACGUGGCUAACACGAGCACCAGGGGUGGAGCCACAGAUCAAGUCAACCAACUACGAAAGAGGGACUUAUUACUUUUUUGACUGCAACUCGUGGAAAAAAGUACCUCGAGAAUUCCACUUAGAGUACGAUAAACUCGAGGAAAAGCCAACACUGCAACCCAUGGCAGCACAGUAGAAAGAGGAGGAUUUCUUUAAUGUAAAAAAUGAUCUUGGCAUGCAUGUACUAUUCAAAGUUUGGGCGAGACUUUUUCCUGUUUACAAAUGCUGUUUUUAUUCAUUUUCAUUUAUUCUUUCCUUCCGAGUAGAAUUCGUAAAGGUGCAACAAUUGGUUUUCAAUCAUUUGCUAGGGAGUACAAUAAAAAAAGUCAAGGCAGCUAAGUUGUUGGCUAUGACGUCAUCACCAAAAACAGAWUAUCGUUAACCUCCGAAAUAAGGCGCCCAAAUUUAAGCGCUAGCAAAACCAACCCCAUUAAAUUUGAAACGCAAUAUAAGCCAUCCCAAAUAUAAGCCAUGAGACUAUUUUAAAAACAGUGUUUCCAA